AGCAGCAACAACAGCAGCAGCAGCCGCCGCAGCAGCCAACCGGCGGCGUCCCAGGCCCAACCGGCCGACGGCUUCACAUUGCGCACAGGAGAAGCCCUUCCGAGCUGACUCCAUUGAUGAGCAUGUUUGCCAACCCGGGUACUGGCUAUUCAGCAGCAGAUUGAGCUUUUGCAGCAACAGCAGCAACAGAUCCAAGCUACGCAGCAACAAUACAUGAACAUGGGAAUGAUGCCCCCACGCAACAGCUCGGCCCAGGCGGUGCUUUCAAUCCCCUGCAGCCCGGCAUGGCUCCCCAGGGCGCCUUCCAGUUUCCCCAGCAGAUUCCGCAGCAGAAUGUCUCCAUGGGCGGUCCUCCGACCCAGCCAAUGUCACAUCGCCGUAAUCAGUCGGCACUCCCCAACAUGGGAAUGGGUCCUCCUCCCGCCCCCUCCUCUGGUGCAUCCGGCACGAACUUCAAUGAUGCCUCCGGCGCCGGUCCCGGCAGGGAAAACUCCGGUGGCCGUGGCGGUCGUGGUGGUGGUGCCGGCGGCGGUGGACACCAGCGACGUCACUCUUUGGCGCUUGCCGACGCGAAGAAGGCGGCAGAAAUCGCACAGCAGAAGCGCACGACAUCCGGCUUCUCCUUCCCCAUGUCCCCCUCCACCGAGGCCAGCGCUGAGGGUGGUGCCUCCGCCCCCGGCCCCGCUCCGACUCAACCCGAGGCUCCGAUUGCUCAGGGCACCAGUGCCGGCCGUGGGCGUGGUGGCCAUGGUCGCAGCCAGAGCAUGGCUGUGAACGGUCGCGGCGGCGCCGCUGGUCGCGGUGGCUUCUCUGGUGAUGCCAGCCAGAAUGACUUUGGUCGCCGCGGAAGCCAGACUGGCGGCGGCGGUCACGCCAGAACCGGCUCUCGCAACUUUGACGGAAACUGGCGCAACCAGGGUGCUAACCAGGGCCAGGAGCAGGGCGGCUUCCAGCCGGGCCACCGCACUCGUGGUUCCGUAAACCAGUCCAUCUCCAACAUCGGCGCAUUCCAAUACCCCGGUCAGCCUCAACUUAUGCAGAUGCCCGGCAACAUGCUCCCCAUGGGUAUGUACCCGGGCCAGCAGCUGAACCCCAUGCAGAUCCAGCAACUGCAGGCCCUUCAGGCUGCCCAGAUGGGCGGCCAGCAAUUCGUUGGCCUUCAGGGCGGCCAGCAUGGUGGCCAGCUUGGCGGAAACCAGCAGCAGCAACAGCAGAGAAAGACCCUCUUCACUCCUUACCUCCCCCAGGCCACUCUUCCGGCUCUUCUCGGCGAUGGACAGCUCGUGUCUGGUAUUCUUCGCGUGAACAAGAAGAACCGCAGCGACGCCUAUGUUUCCACUCAGGACGGCUUGCUCGACGCUGAUAUCUUUAUUUGCGGUAGCAAGGAUCGCAACCGUGCCCUCGAGGGUGACUUGGUUGCCGUUGAGCUUUUGGAUGUUGAUGAAGUUUGGUCCCAGAAGCGCGAGAAGGAAGAGAAGAAGAAGCGCAAGGACAUCACCGACACCCGUUCUGGAUCCACCAACGGACAGAACCAGUCAUCCGGUAACAACGAUGACAACACGCAGCAGGAGGGCGGCAUUCGCCGUCGCGGCAGUCUGCGCCAGCGCCCCACUCAGAAGAAGAACGACGAUGUCGAGGUUGAGGGUCAAAGCCUGCUUCUCGUCGAGGAGGAGGAAAUCAACGAUGAGGCCAAGCCCUUGUACGCAGGUCACAUUGUGGCUGUCGUUGAACGUGUAGCUGGUCAAAUGUUCUCAGGCAACCUCGGUCUGCUCCGUCCCAGCAGCCAGGCUACGAAGGAGAAGCAGGAAGCGGAGAGAGCCGCCAGAGAUGGAGGCAACAACCGCCACCACGACAACCGUUCGCAGGAGAAGCCCAAGAUUGUUUGGUUCAAGCCUACGGACAAGCGCGUCCCGCUCAUUGCCAUUCCGACUGAGCAGGCGCCGCGCGAUUUCGUCGAGAAGCACCAGGAUUACGCUGAUCGCAUCUUCGUUGCCUGCAUUAAGCGUUGGCCGAUCACCUCUCUGCAUCCCUUCGGCACCCUUGUCGAGCAGUUGGGCCGCAUGGGCGACCUUAAGGUGGAGACCGACGCUCUGCUGCGCGACAACAACUUUUCUUCCGAUGAGUUCUCCGAGGCUGUGCUGCGCAGCGUUGGUCUUCAGGACUGGUCUCUCGCCAAGGAAGAGGAGGCUGCCCUGGCUGCUCGCCGGGACUUCCGUGAUGAGAAGGUUGUUACGCUCGACCUCAACGGUUCUCCCGAGCUUGCCAAUGCCAUCCACAUCAAGACUCAACCCGAUGGCAAGAUUGACAUUGGUAUUCACAUUCCUGAUGUCACUCACUUCGUCAAGCCCAACUCGCUUGUCGACCGCGAAGCCAAGAAGCGCGGCACCGCCGUUCACUUGGUUAACCGCACUUGUGCGCUCCUUCCUCCCAAGAUUGGUGGAGAGGUAUGCUCUUUGGCUCCUGGCGAAGAGCGUCUGGCUGUCAGUGUUCUCUUCCGUGUCAACCCCCACAACGGCUCUGUUGCCGAGGGAGACACUUGGAUCGGUAAGAGUAUCAUCAAGAGCACUGCCAAGAUCACUAUUGAGGAGAUUGACUCGGCUCUGAACGGCCAGGCCGACUGGAAGCACGAGUCUCUUCAGCUGAAGGAUGUCCAGAUUCUUAACGCUGUCGCUCAAAAGUUCACCGAGGCCCGUCUUGGUGCUGGCGGUGAGCCUAUUGCGCCCCUGAGGCUCCUGCAGCAACUCGAUGAUGAGAACAUUCCCAUCAAGCACAACAUCUUCGAUUCUACCCCUGCCACUGAGCUCGUCGAGGAGCUUAUGCACAAGGCCAACACUUACGUUGCCCAGCGUCUCGCCCAGGCUCUGCCUGAGAAGGCUCUUCUGCGCCGACAAGGUCCCCCCAAUGCUCGUCGUCUUCAGACCUUUGCCGAUCGCAUGAACGCCCUCGGCUACGAGGUUGAGACUUCCGGCAGCGGCAGCAUGCACAAUAGCCUUUUCAAGGUUGACGACGCUGAUAUCCGCAAGGGAAUGGAGACGCUUGUCCUCAAGUCUAUGCAACGUGCCAAGUACUUCAUUGCCGGCAAGACUGCUAAGCAGCUGUGGCCCCACUAUGCCCUUAACUUGCCUCUCUACACUCAUUUCACUAGUCCCACCCGGCGCUACGCCGACAUCAUCGUCCACCGACAACUCGAGUCUAUUCUCUCUGAGGGCAAGAUCGAGUACACGGAGGAAUUGGAGAGCCUUGUCAAGACCAUUGAGUCUUGCAACACCAAGAAGGACUCCGCACAGAAUGCUCAAGAGCAGAGCAUUCACAUUGAGUCCUGCCGUGAGAUGGACAAGAAGCGCCAGCAAGUCAAUGGCGAUCUCAUCACGGAGGGCAUCGUCCUCUGCGUGUACGAGUCGGCCUUUGACGUUCUCAUUCCCGAAUGGGGCUUUGAGAAGCGGGUGCACUGCGAUCAGUUGCCCCUCAAGAAGGCCGAAUUCAGAAAGGAGAAGAGAGUCCUCGAGCUCUACUGGGAGAAGGGCGUGCCAAGCUCCGCCUACGUACCGGAGGACGAGCGCCCCAAGGCUGCUGCGUCUGUAAGAAACGCCAACGCGGCUGCUGCUGCUCGUCAAGCGGAAGCUGCCGAGCGUGCCAAGAAGGAGAGAGAGGAGGCUGCGCGCAAGCAGACCGAGACGGGCACCAUCUCCACUGAUGACGUCGAUGCCCUCUUUGACGACGAUGAUGACAAUGCGUCGGACAUUACUGAGGCCAUGGCUGGAGCUUCGUUGGCCGAAAGACCCACACAGAGCGUUCCCGGCUCCCCGACCCGCUCCGAUGCCAAGCCUCUGCAACGCACCAGGUCCGACUCCAAGGUUCCUGCGCCCGAGGCCCCCGAGGCCCGCCUGUCGAACAAGGAGAAGUACCUCAAGCUUUUCAAGCUGCGUGAGGAGGGAGGAGAGUACAUUCAGGACGUCACGGAGAUGAGCAGGGUUCCUGUGAUUCUCAAGACGGAUCUGUCCAAGAGCCCACCGUAAGUUUCCCACCAUCUAUCAAAGCCUGGGGACAUGUGCUAAUUCAAAGUAGUUGCUUGACCAUUCGGUCUUUGAACCCCUAUGCUCUGUAAAA